UUCGAAGUUUUGUCCAUUCGCGCGACAGUAACCAGAGAUCGCAACUCCGAAGAACAUUUCCCGCCAAAUUCGAUCUUCAUCGACCGCUCUCUGAGGUUUUCGAUUUCUCUUUUUCUCCAGUGUUUUCAAGCGUUUAUGCUCUUCAAAAUUGUUCAGAUUCGCAUUUCCAAUUGAACACGGGGGAAGGCUGAAGAUUGGAUUCAUAUUCUUUGCGGUGAAGAUUUUGUCUGAGAAUUUCGAGAUUUCGAUCGACAGAGAAGUGGGACCUAAGUAACCAACACCACACUCCCUGGUCUAUGAUUUCCCCAGUAUUCCAUGGAAUUAGAGAUUACUUCUGAAGGUUAAUAAUGAAAUGCAAUGCUUGCUGGAGAGAACUUGAAGGCCGAGCUAUCUCGACAACUUGUGGUCACCUGUUGUGCCAAGAAGAUGCGAGCAAGAUCCUUGGCAAUGAUGGAGCAUGCCCAAUUUGUGAUCAAGUUCUUUCUAAAAGUCUCAUGAAACCUGUGGACAUCAAUCCAAAUGAUGAAUGGGUAAAUAUGGCCAUGGCUGGUAUAUCUCCUCAGAUUUUAAUGAAAAGUGCAUAUAGAAGUGUAAUGUUCUAUAUUGGACAAAAGGAAUUGGAAAUGCAGUACAAAAUGAACAGAAUCGUGGCUCAAUGCCGGCAGAAAUGUGAGGUGAUGCAAGAAAAGUUUACCGAGAAACUGGAGCAGGUGCAUACUGCAUACCAAAAAAUGGCCAAGAGAUGCCAGAUGAUGGAGCGAGAGAUGGAGAAUUUAACCAAAGACAAACAAGAGCUCCAGGAGAAGUUUGCUGAAAAAUCCAGGCAGAAGAGGAAACUAGAUGAAAUGUAUGAUCAAUUGAGGAAUGAUCAUGAAUCACUAAAACGUUCUGCCAUCCAGCCUGUGAGCAAUUUUUAUCCAAGAAAUGAGCCUGAUUUGUUCUCAAACCCUGUUAAUAUGAUGGAUAGCAGAGAACCCAUGAGGAAAGACUGGCUGGUGUCCGCUCCUGAAACCCCAGGACCAAGAGAGGAAAUAUGGCCAGCAAGACAGAAUAGCGGGAACUCUGGUGGUCACUUCGACAUUUCCGUUGGGUCACCUCCGAAACAAGCUCCUCCAAUGGCAAUGGAAGCUGGAAACAGAAGAGCUGGAGCUCACACUGCGUUUGGAACUGGAGCUGCCAACCCCUCCAUGACUCUACGCAACUUGAUUCUGUCCCCAAUCAAACGACCUCAGCUCUCUCGUCGCCCUCAAAUGUUCACAUUGUGAGAUGGAAGUUGACAAGUUGACAUUGGUGGACCAAAAGGCCUGAUCAACUCGCUCGCUUUAAGGUUCUAUUCACUUUUUUCUUUUCAUAGUUUGAAGCCAAAUGUGAAGGAUCACACAAGAAAAUAGGAUGCUGCCUUUUUAUCUUCCAGUUCGUGGACCAUCAAAUCUAACAAAAAUUAACUUCCACCACCAACACAAUCUUUUCUUCUUCUUCUUCCUUGAAUGAAAAACCACAAAAGAAACACAAAUGUAGGAUUCAUUAGUAAUAUUAAGACUUCUACCAUGUUUCUUUUGUCAACAAAUCAGACAUUAUGAAGAUAGCCCUCAUCUGAAGAAAAGGUACACAUUAUACUUAGCAUAUGGUUGUUAUUGCUUCAUUUCCUGAAUAGGGAAAG